AUGAAGGGGCGAGGGAGUGGCCAAGGCAGUGGCCACCCCGUGGUCGUCGCCGUUUUGUUGGCCCUCGCGUGCCUUCUCGUGUCCGCACGUCCCACACUGGCUCGCAAGGACCGAGACUUCAAGCCACACUCCCAAACCAGCCUUCCGCUCAAUGCUGGGCCGGGGGUGACGAUGGACGAGCUGAACAACGUGCGCCAGAGGCUGGACGUGCUGCCCGACCACCUGUUCGCCAUGACCCACAACAACCUCAUGCUGCGGUUUCAGCUGGGCGGCGUCGUGUGCGGCCGAAUUCCAGACACCGCGUUUUGCCUGCAGAGCCUGCCCACCACGCGUUGGAUUGGCAGCAUCGUCACACACUACCCACUUGGCGUGGGUAACCUCACUGUCACGGACGUCUCCGCCUCUGGGUUCCGCCUCACGUCCACGUACACCCUGGACGUGUCGCGACCAAACGAGACCAUCAGCACGGGCGCCAUAUCCAUGUUCAGCCAGUUUCUCCCGCCAACACAGAAGGACAUUAUGACGCGCGGCGAAAUCGAGUUCACCUGCGCGCGAAACAUCACGGUGCCGACAUUCCCCCACCUGAGCCUGGGCAUCGACCGUAUCAUGGAGGAUGGCAUGGUCGUGCACCGCUACCGCCUCGUGGCCGCCCACCACUGCGUCUGCUCAACACCAGACCCAUCCUCCCCCUCAUCAUCGUCAGCAAACGGCGACGGUGCCUCCACCUCAUCCUCCUCUGCAACCACACCUCUGCCGCUGGCGUCGUCCACAACCGCCGGUUCACCAUCCUCCUCCUCGUCAACAUCAGAGCAUUUGCUUGCACACCCGUCUUGCGAGUACUUCAACACCACGUACAGCUACGCCUCUGCGAUGGACGAGUGGGAGCGCAAGUCGCCAGACCACAGCUACCAGGCGCACAAGUGCUUCACCCGCGUCUCGGGCCGCCUCUCAAUCUGGGCCGGCAUCGGCACGCUCCUGAUUGCGCUCAUCUGGGGGAUGGACGUCUGGCUCGGCGUGCCCCUCAUCGCGUGCGAGUCGUGCACGGGCGCAGACAGACAUGUGGACGAAACGUCCACCUGCCGCGGCCGCUGUCUGACGUCAUCGGCACCGCGGCACCGCCUCCACCCCAUCGGCACUGCACGCUACAUCUGGACCUUUGGCUUCCUGGACGUGCUCACACCGCCCGUAAACAUGCUUGAGCGGCGUGACUCCGCGUGGGCAACCGCUGCCGGGUUUGGCAUGAUGAGCCUGACCAUCCCCUUCGUCUUCAACGGCGCGCUGGAGCUGACACAGAUCCUUGAGCUGCUGCUCUUCUUCACGCCCAUCCUCCUGUGCCGGCAUGCGCGCGUGCCGUCCAUCGGCUUGUGCCUGGGCUGCUUCUUCUCCAUCAUCGCCCUGGGCGAGAUUGGCACGCUCAUGGGCUGUCUUGGCCGCACGUCCUCCUUUGUGAACCUCAUGGCGACCCUCCCCUCCCUGCUCUGCGCCAUGCUUGUUGUCAGCUGGUACGUGCUUGAAACCAAGCGCCGCUUCGUGGCCCUGUGGCUCUGGUUCAACGACCGUGGGCCCAGGCCCGUCUCCUGGCGCGAGCGCGCCCUGCUUGCCCUUGACCGCAGCGGGUAUGUUGCCAGCCUGCUUGCCGACAAGAUCAAGGUCAGCCUUGGCGAGUCGCUCACCUGGAGCGCGUUCCGCGCCACCAUCCUCGGCCAGGACAACUACAGCGUGCCCACGCGGCUGCUGACGGCUGUGAUCCUGGCCAUCAGCUGCCUGGUGAGCCUGCUGCCGCUCACCAUGUCCUAUGCGAGCCUGGCCGGCGCUGCGGUGGAGUGGAUCAUGUCCAUGGGACACUGCUGCUCAGGUGUGCAGUGCGACCCGACACCGGGGUCCAGCCUGUGGAUCAGAGACGCGUUUGACCUCGGUUACGGCAUCCAAGUUGGGCGCGGGCACUCGUGCUCGCGCGACCAGAUUGUUGUGCGCCGUGCCGUGAGCUACGGCAUGACUGUCAGCACCUCUGUCACCGCUGUGGCUGUCACCUUCUCGCUGCUGCAUGUGCUUGUUGUCUACCGCAAGCGCAUGUUUCUUCUCUUCCGUGGACGCCCCGAUUUCAUCACAAAGCAUGUCCCCAUGGACAAGAGUAUCGGCAGCACCCUCAAGUUUGGCGGCACGCAGGUUGCGAGUGCCAUUGGCGGAUGGGUGCUGGGCACAUGUGUGCUGACGCUGCUGAUUGGCUUCAUUGCCAUCUCCACCGUGCUGCCGUUCAUGAACAUCUACGGCGACUGGUUCUGGCCCUGGUGGUUCCAGUUUGUCAUCUACAACCACGAGACCGGCGCCCUCGGGUUCCCCGUCAUCCUGCUCAUCAACUACUGGCUGCUGCUGUUCUGCGUGCGGUUUGUGUUUGAGAUCUCCAAGAAGGACCACGGCCUGCAGCGGCGCGGGUUCUUCCACCUGAUGGACCUGAUCCAGUUUAUCUUCUACAUCCUCAACGCGCUGCUUGGCCUCAUCAAGCGUGCCGUCACCUCCAUGGUGCUGCAGGCCGUGUUUGUCAGCCGCAUGGACAAGAGCCUCAUGCCCCGCAAGUACGAGCUCACGGACAAGUCGUACGUCGCCUACUUGGGGUUCAUGCAGCUGGACUACUACUACUCCCACCCAGUGCUGCUCACCGCCGUCUACUUCUUCCUCGCGGGCACCCCGCGCGACCGUCGCACAGCACGUCGGCUCGGCAUCCGCCUGUGGCGCUCCCGUAACCGCGGCGACCGCGUAUCGCUCUCGCGUGUCACGUCCAGCCCGCGCAGCCCUGACAGCGGCGGCGGCGGUAUUGAGCUCACCAGCAGCAUGGAGUCGCCUGGCUUGCAGCUCGGCGGAAGCGCCUCGUAUCAAGACAGCAUCAACGGCAACGGCGCGUGUGUGCCCGAGUACACGUGGCGGGUGCGCAACCGGUUCUGGCUGGCCAUCACGCUGCACAACAACCCGCAGCUGAAGGAACAGCGCAGCCACUACCUGCGGGCCAAGGCCGAGGAGCAACGGCUGAAGGAGCUGAGGGAGGCCGCCAAGGUCAUGCGCAGCCGCCGCAUGUCGCUGCACGAGAUGGCACAUCGCGUCACGCGCGCGUCCGCACACGUCGCACACACGCUCGCGGGCCUGCGCUACCACGCCAUGGACAACCAGCCCGCAAGCACGGCGGAGAGCGGGCGUGACUCGCCAAAGGCCCUGCUUGCCGACAGCGCUGAUGGCACCAACGGCACGAAUGGCACAAAGGCGGUGGCGAGCGGCAACGGCUACCAUGGCGGUGGUAUUGGGUUUGGGCGGAGUGGGAAGAACAAGUACCUGCGCCACUAUCGCCAGGACAGCACAGAUGAUCACGAUGACGAUGAUGAUGACGAUGAAGGCGAAAACGCCUACGAUUACGGCGAUGGUGGUGGUGGUGGUGGUGGUGAUGGCGCGAAGAGCAGCAGCGACGAUGUGCAUGUGCAGCACCGCCAAUAUGAUGUGGCAGACAGCGAUGGCGAGGCGCUCGACUACACGUGCCCGCCCAACACGCUGCUUGACCUGAGCCAGGUGCACCUGCAGGAGGUGCAGCGCAAGCAGCAGCGGGCCAUGGAGGACGAGGACGGCCUGUACGAGGAGCUCGCAGCCUUCAGCGCCAACCUGGCCGUCGACUCUCGCAGUGGCAGUCGUGGUGGUGCUGAUAGUGGUGAUAGUGAUGACGACGCAGGUGGUGAUGUGGCGCGUGCACGGCGGGGUGUUGGGUCGUUUUCGCCAACAGCGGGAGUAACUACAGCGACGUCGGCGCCGUUAUCAGCAGCAACGAGCUGGAACCCAACACGACGGGCUGGCGGUGUUGGUGAUAUAGACGGUGGUGGUGGUGGUGGUGGUGGUGAUGAGAGGGGGCGUGCGCAGUCGGCGCGGUUGCGUUCACGGGUGGUGCGGGAUGAUGGUCGGAAUGGCGGUGGGAACGGUGCUGGUGAGAGGCAGCGCUCCAUCACGUUUGCAGACCGCCUCAGCCAGUCCACAAGCUCCCAGCUUUGA